GACCUCGAGAUGGAACUCAAGAAGCCAGGUACCGACAUCAACAUUCAAGACAGUCUAGGGUCUACCGCAAUUGCAUGGGCAGCAUUGACGAACAACAACGAGGCCGUAAAGCUGUUACUGCAAUAUCGCGCGGAUCCAAAUAUCCAAGACUUCAAUGGAGACACACCAAUAAACUGCUCGAUCUUUACCGAGAACCCUUCAACAAUGGGAAUACUCUUGUACAGAAGAGUAGACAUAUCUCCGAACAAGCAAACUGGAUACUCACCUCUCCAUCAUGCAGUCUAUCACCAUAACGACCUUGCUUUUGUUCAACCACUUGUGGAGGCUGGAUGCGACAUCAAUGCUGCAGUAGGAACCGGGAGUGGUCAAACAGCACUGGCAAGAGCUGCUGUCCAGGAUCGAGAUGUUAUCGUUUCUUACUUGGUUUCACAGGGUGCGAAUAUAAAUAGUGUCGACCGUCGAGGCGAUUCUGUGUUCUUAACGGCCGUGCAGGCCAACUCAAAGAAGGUCUUGCGGAUUUUGUUGGCUGCUGGCGCAAACUACCGAUCGAUCAACAGAAGAGGGUAUACCGUUCUCCAUACAGCAGCU